AUGUCUACCUUCUGGCGCCUCUUCUCGAGUUAUAUUCCGACCAUCCGCGACGACGGCCGCGACCUCGAGCUACCCAUACUCAGCCGAAGCUCGUCAUCGUCAUCAUACUCUCCCCCAAACCCGCGCGGGCAGCGACACGAACGACCCCGGCGGCUGGCCGCGCAAACGACAGCGCUCAAGGACAUUCGCGCACGGUGGGACGCUGAAGAAAUGUCGGACAUCCGUAUGCCGCUCCCUUGCGCGAACGAGUCGACGCAGACCGUGCGGUGGCACAAGUCCGUGAAGCGUUCGCACACGGAUAGCUGCCUGCCGGCAACACCUCUGCCGUUGGGAGCACUCAUCUCGCCACAAGAGAGUGACGCUUCUGCUUCCUCGCGGUCCCAAGACUCCCAACCCAGCAUCGAUUCUUCUUCGGGCGACAGCGAGUCCACAAAAGUCGACUUUAUGCCCGUCCCCCAUCAUGAACGUCGGAAGAGCGUCAAGGGACGUUCGCAACGCGACCGCGAGCCUGACACGAAAUCACCGAAACCCAAAGUCGUGCAACCGGCCACACCGGCAUCGUCAACCUCGCCCACCCAGUUGCUCAUCCUGAAGCGAGAGCUGGAGCAACUGCAGGCCGAUCUCUCCUCUACGAAACACGAACUAGAGCAUCAAAGGGCCGUGAACGUGCACAUCCUCGCGCAGAAGCGGAAGCUCGAAGGAUCUCUCGCUCGUUCGCAGGCCCAGGCGGCUGAGACGCAGGAGCUACGUAUCGCUCUGGCCGACCGUGUUCUUUCCGACGCUGCACGGGAUUCUACGGCGCGUGAUGAGGAGCUUGCGGCGCUACGUGCCUUCCUUGACAAGACGGAUACCGCAAGCGGCGCGGAAGUCCUGCAGGCCGUGGCAGAUCUCAACAAUGAGAUUGUGCAGCUCGCCGCCGCCGUCAGUGACGAGUUUCCUUUCCCUCAAACGCGCUCAGGGGCGCCAGCGUGGACGCUCGCACAGGCGGACCUGGUGCGCGACGCACUUGGCGACGAACUCUGUCGGCUGCUUCAAUACGGUGAGCACGGCGAGGACCCCACAAUUGUACAGUUCGCCGUACAGGCGUGGGAGGUUCACUGCUGCCAGGCUGCGCUAGAUGCGUUCUGCGCGGGGCUGGCCCCCGAGGUCGACGCAUACCUGAGCGCACUCUUUGAGGAGAUGCAGACAUCCGAGCUCCAGGCCACGGCCUCACGCUGGCGCGCGCUCACGCGUCAACACACCCGCGCAUUGAUGGCCAAGCGCCCAUCUCAAACCGCGCCGGCGUUGUCCACCACGUCAUCCCUGUCCUCCGCGUGCUCUUCCCCUCUUCUAGACCUCCCGCGUGGCGCGGCUGCAUACCCCACACCGUCUCCGACGACGAACAACUCACCUGUCGGACUUCUCGGCGCUCUUCCUUCCCCGGCCUCCCCUCAAUCACGGAACCUCGACGGCCUGCGCGCAAUCCUUGCAUUAGCUGGCUACAACAUCCAUGCCGGACCUCUCUCAGAGCGUUUCGGCGCAGCCGUGGCUCACGUGGGAAAGCUUGCCGACGACCUAGCCCGUACAGUGUGCGAGGGCGUGGCGAGCGCAUGGUUCUCUGUACGUGUCGCCCCAGCACGCGCGUCGUUCGAUGCAGUCGCGAUGGAGAACGCGUAUGCAGGCUUCGGCGACGAGGCUGCAGACGUGCUCUGUAGUAUCGCGCUUGGACUAGAGGUCGUGCGUAAGCACGACGCUGGCGAUGUUGAGCGUACCAUCUUGCUCAAACCCGCCGUCGUGCUUGAAAAUGUGACAGAGUUGUUGUAG